UUCAUGUGGACUGCUUGCACAAUCGCUCCACUGUUGACAGAAGGAUAACGCCGAACAAAGUGUAAGAGUAGUGUGAUUCAAAUGUCAAGCAUUGAGUGAAGCUGAAAAUUACAUUAUUCGCUCCUGCUCUGAUCCAUUUGGGAGUCAAUUUUACUGCCCACAUGAACACACUCAGGCUGCAGAACAUCAAGGGCCAUAUCCUACUGCACUGUAAGAACACAGCAAUGGCAGUUCCACCCAGUCCACUGACCACCCAUGUGCUGAAUAUUGCCACUGGAAUCCCUGUGGCAGAUAUGGCUCUCAGUCUGUACGGACAGGACGCCUCAACCAAAGUCUGGAAUUUGAUCACUACUGGUGUGACCAACAGUGAUGGCCGUUGCCCAGGACUCAUCACUAAAGAAAUGUUUCAGCCUGGUAUGUACAAGAUCCGCUUUGAAACAGAGCUGUACUGGGAGAGUUUGGGGGAGACCAGCUUUUAUCCCUAUGUUGAGAUUGUGUUCACCGUGGAUGAUGCAGUACAAAAGUACCAUGUUCCUCUUCUACUGAGUAGAUUCUCAUACAGCACAUACAGAGGAAGUUAGACAUUGUGACCAUUCUUCUGUUAAAGACCAUCAUCAGACCUCUGUCAAAAACAUUUAU